UUUUAUUUUCAGUGUUAUUUUUGUUUUUCAUAAUCAAUGAGUAUCAUAGAUUAAUAAUUUCUUUUGUUAAUGUUUGUUUUUAAUUUUGUUAUUUUCAUGGUGUUGUAAUUAAAAAUACUUGUACAUUAAAUGGAUAAAGAACACAUUUGAAUGGAGUUGCCUGUCUUGUGUGUGAUCAUCUACAGCUCUCAGUUCAGAGCUUUUAUUUUGACACGGCGAGGUUUUGCCGCGCGAGCUUCCGCCGCCGUUUGACAGCAGGUCCGGUUUUACCUCUUUGCUUUCUUUAUUCCUCCCUGCCUCCCGUUUCUUUCUGUUUAAAGCGCCCCAGCUGCCGUAUUUAUUUAUUUAUGCCUCCUGCUUGAAAGUGUUUAUCCUUUGACAUCGUAGUCGCUCCUCCAAUGAGAAGACGUAAAAGAUGGAGCUUCACAUUUUAGAGCACAGCCUGAAAGUGGCGAGUAUAGAGAAAGAGGGGAUCCAGAUUUGCACUCACGGAUUAAUCAAACUCGCCUUCCUGGCCUCCAAAACAAGAUGCAAGUUCUUCAGUCUGACGGAGACUCCGGAGGAUUACACCAUCAUCGUGGACGAGGAAGGCUUCAAAGAGCUGCCUCAGUCGGAGCACAUCAGCGUCGCCGACGCCACGUGGUUGGCUCUCAACGUGGUGUCGGGCGGCGGCAGCGCCUCCAGCUCCCAGCCCAUCGGAGUGACGAAAAUCGCCAAAUCCGUCAUCGCGCCGCUCGCCGACCACAACAUCUCUGUCUUCAUGCUGUCCACGUAUCAGACCGACUUCAUCCUGGUUCGAGAGCGCGACCUGCCCAUGGUCACCCACACGCUGUCGUCGGAGUUCACGCUGUUCCGGGUCGUCAACGGAGAAACGGUCGCCGCUCACAACCUGGGAGUCACCAACGGCUUCGUGAAGCCCAAACUCGUGCCCCGUCCCAUCAUCCACCCCCUGUCCAGCCCCAGUAACAUGUUCUGCGUGACCAGCCUGGACCCGGACACGCUGCCCUCUGUGGCCACGCUGCUCAUGGACGUCAUGUUCUACUCUGGAGGGCCAAAGGAACCCGGCGCGUCCGGCGAAGACUCCACCCACAUUCGCUUCUUCUCCUUCUCCCUGAUCGAGGGCUACAUCUCUCUGGUCAUGGACGAGCAGACGGCCCAGAGGUUUCCAAACAACGUUCUCUUCACCAGCGCCUCCGGGGAGCUUUGGAAAAUGGUUCGGAUUGGAGGACAACCUCUGGGAUUCGACGAGUGCGGCAUCGUGGCUCAGAUUUCGGAGCCUCUGGCGACGGCCGACAUUCCUGCUUACUACAUUAGUACCUUCAAGUUUGACCACGCGCUGGUCCCUGAAGAAAACAUCCAAAGCGUGAUCGUAGCUUUGCGGACCAAGAGCACGGCCCAGUGAGGGAAGCCGGCCCAACGCCGACUUUGUUCAAACGUAUCCUGUCCAGAAAGUGCCAAGAGCCAGCUCUAAAGCACGGCGGGGGGAGUGUGAUGGCAGGAUCUGCAGCUCCGGAUCGCCGUUUGGAAGGUGGCAUCUCCUGCCUUUGUGACCCUUAUCUCGCUCUCCGUGGGUCUUCUCUUCUCUCAGUGCCAACAUGUCUGAACGCCUUCGUGGACGUCCGACUUCAGCUGCUGCUCAGCUUCUCCUGACUGAUGUUCUGGUGGAACGUGAAGGUUCUUUGUUCGAGGUUUACCGCCGUGAGCAGCCGACACCAAAACCUCAUCCGGGAUUCACUUCUGUGGAUCAUUUGACAGAUAAAUCUGAAUUUUUUUCUAAGUUUCCGACGUGUUAAAACUGGAAUCAGGUUUGGAUUUUGUCGAAUCUUCGAGCUAAAACUAUUUCAAGGAGUUUUCCUGACUCCAUCCUGAACUUCUGAACGCUCCGAACCGUAUUUGGAAUCUCAAAUAUGGUCAAAAUAAACCGGAUUCAUGUUGUUUUCGUGUCGGGCUGCUCGCGGCGUGAAGCUGCACGGACGGCGACUCGUGAAUUUACUGAGCCACUUUGACAGUAACGACAGCAUAAGCUACGGUUCAUGCAGGGGAAACGGCCCCCCCUCCUGCUCCAGUCUGCACUUUAACGCAGGUCCUCCGCCCCCCCACCCCACAGACAGACCUGCAGUACUGAUGUUAAAACCGUGAGGGCUACUCGCUUCUAAAACCAGCUUUCUUCCUCCUCCAUCCAGAUUUCUUUUGUCUGACCUCCUCCUCCUCCUCCUCCUCCUCUUCCUCCUCCUCCUCCUUUACCUGCAGCUUCUCCUGACGAGCAGAAAUCACGCAUUGACAGUGUUAAACCCCGAGGAGGUUCUGCUGAUUCAGCUUUUCUCUUGUGUGAAAAACGAAUAAAGAAACUGUUUUUGGAACUUCA